AGUAAGAAACAACAAAUAUGGCAACCCAUGUUUUGAUGAGGAGGGGGAAGCGGGCUGUCGCCGAAUACAUGAAGGCGGAAUGUCUGCGACCGAGCGGACAGCAGCAAUUAAACGAACUCUUAGAGCAUCUGCUUGAUCCAUCAAAGACUUUGGAUGAUUUUGAGACGCUAGAUUGGUGUCGGUGGCUGAUGGCAGGGGGGACAACUUUUGACGAUUUCGCCAAAACAGUGAGACAGUACGACAAUGCGACAACAUGUGGUUUAGUGUGGACGUCAAAUUUCGUUGCAUAUCGCUGUAGAACAUGCGGCAUCAGCCCGUGCAUGUCACUGUGUGCCGACUGCUUCCAGGCCGGGAACCACACGGGGCAUGAUUUCAACAUGUUUCGUAGCCAGGCAGGAGGAGCUUGCGACUGCGGGGACAUCAGUGUUAUGCAAGCUGACGGGUUCUGUAACCGCCACGGUCCGGGGAGAACAGACUCCAGUGUGGGGGCGCCACAGGAGCUGCUGGCCGUUGCUGAAGCCAUGAUGCCUAAAUUGUUAAGAUGCUAG